CGACAGGAGCUCGAGCGGGAAGGACGUGACUGGUGGCGAGGGAGGAGGACCCUCGAACUGGUCACCAAGAUGUAGAUUUUCCAAGCAUGCAGAUCAGCGACGAAGUAGCUGCCACCGAGUGGUACGAGUACAACAACGGAGUGAAGGUGACUCUGGUCAUCAUGAUGAGCAGAGCCCAGAGACCUGUGCAGAUGUGGGCAGGGAGGUUCGCCGUCAUGUCUCUGGAGACGUUCAGCGCCGAUACUUGGGCAUCGAGAACAGCUUUUCACCUGCGAGUCCUGGACAAACGACAGGAUCAACUCCGCAGCGAGGAUAAACGUGGCCAGCAAACAACCGAAUGCACACAAAAGCAGCAGAGAUACGACAUCUUUCAGAGACACUGUUUGGUGGUUGUUGGAGCUGGAAUGCAGCGUGGUCCCAAGGAACCUCUGCUGCAGACAGGACCUUAAGCCAGUUUCCCAAAC